CUGCAGGGCUGAUGCAUACGUUCAAUGCUCACGCAGCCACGGACAUCACAGGCUUUGGAAUCCUGGGACAUGCACAGAAUCUAGCCAAGCAGCAACGUAACGAAGUGUCUUUCGUUAUCCAUAAUCUCCCUGUCCUUGCCAAAAUGGCCGCAGUUAGCAAAGCUUGUGGGAAUAUGUUCGGUCUUAUGCAUGGGACUUGUCCAGAGACAUCAGGAGGCCUCCUCAUCUGCUUACCCCGUGAACAAGCAGCCCGCUUCUGCGCUGAGAUCAAGUCUCCCAAAUACGGCGAAGGUCAUCAAGCAUGGAUUAUUGGGAUUGUAGAAAAGGGAAACCGCACGGCCAGAAUUAUAGACAAACCUCGAAUCAUCGAAGUCGCGCCCCAAGUAGCCACUCAGAACGUAAACCCGACACCCGGGGCAGCUUCUUAAUCCUAGAUG